AUGCUCAGAACGCUCAUCCCGCACCAAGUCCGGCCCAUGAGCCGGAGCUUUCGCCCUUUCGCCCCAGGCUACCGUGGGCCCCAUCUCAAGUCCUUUCACUGCACCCCUCUAUUCUUGUCAUCCCCCAAAAUCAAGCUUCGAAACUACCAGGAAGAAUGCAUCUCCUCCGUCCUAGCCUCCCUUUCUCAGGGCCACAAACGCCUCGGGAUCUCCCUCGCCACCGGCAGCGGCAAAACCGUGAUAUUCACCCAGCUCAUCUCCCGCGUGCCGCCGCCUUCGCCCGAGGCUACGCAGACCCUCGUCCUCGCCCACCGGCGUGAGUUAGUUGAGCAGGCCGCCAAGCACUGCGCCGCCGCCUACCCGGACAUGCGCGUCGAGAUCGAGAUGGGCAACAUGCACGCCUCGGGCCACGCAGACAUCACCAUCGCCAGCGUCCAGAGCAUCACCUCGCGCGACCGCUUGGACAAGUUUGACCCAUCCCGCUUCAAGCUCCUUCUCGUAGACGAGGCCCACCACGUUGUUGCUCCGGGCUACCUGCGCACUCUGGAGCACUUUGGCCUCGAAAGAAGAGGGCUGCGGGCCGCUAUUGAUGAAAUCGUCUACCACCGCGACUACGUCGAUAUGAUUACCGAGAAGUGGCUUUGCGAUGUCAUCUUCACGACCGUGGAAUCCAAAGCCGACAUCUCGGCCGUGAGGAGCGGCGCGAGCGGCGACUUCAAGCCCGGCGACCUCUCUCGUGCGGUAAACACUGACCACGUCAACGAGGUUACGGUCCGAAGCUGGCUGGCGCACGCUCAGGACAGGAAGUCAACGCUUGUCUUCUGCGUCGACCUUGCCCACGUCGCUAGCCUCACCCAAAAGUUUCGCCAGCAUGGCCUCGACGCGCAUGGCUUCAAGGCCCGGAAAUUUCCCGUCCUCGUAAACUGCGGUGUCUUCACCGAGGGCACAGAUAUACCCAACGUAGACUGCGUCGUCCUCGCCCGCCCAACCAAAUCCCGAAACCUUCUCGUCCAAAUGAUUGGCCGCGGUAUGCGUCUCUACCCAGACAAGAAGGACUGCCAUGUCAUCGACAUGGUCUCUAGCCUGGAGACGGGCAUCGUCACUACUCCGACCUUGUUUGGCCUUGACCCCGGUGAGCUCGGCUCAGCAUUGGACCCAAAUACCAAGGUCACCUUUACCCAGUAUUCCUCCGUUCUCGAUUUGAUAGCGGACACCUCCGGCGAGAAGCAUAUCCGGACCCUUAGCCCCAACGCCUGGGUCCAGGUUGCCCCGGACCGCUACGUUCUCACCGCCCCCAACGGCACCUACCUUCGCGGCCAAGUCGACUUCCUCAACAAGUUGCGCGGCCGCGACGGCGUCGAACCUCUCACCGUUGACGACCUUACGAAAGGCGCCGCCAUGGACAUGAUCACAAAGGUGAAGCACGGUGCGAGAGGCCGUUUCGCCGCCCUUGGUGCCCAGAGGCGGAAGAGGGAGAGGGAGGCCAAAGAAGCCGAAGGCGUGCUGGAGAGGAGGCGGAGAGAGCAGGUUUCCGUCGGGCCUGUACGAUAUUAG